AUGACGCAGCCCGAGGAGCAGGAAACGAUCCUGCAGCGCAUGUGGGCCAGGUGUGGCGCUGUAGCCACGUCUGACGCAGCCUGCACGACGUCCCAGGAGGCCGUGGACGCGCUCGCGAGGGAGAUCGACGCCAGCGAGGCGGAGCUAAAGGAGGCGAGCGCACCGCAGCGCCUGCCCUGCAGGUUCUCGACCACCGUGGAGGAGGUCAACUUCAUGUGCCUCAUGGGCCUGCUUAGCUUCGGGUCUGGAUACACCCCGCUCAUCCGGGAGCGCACGGGCAGGGGCGCGUUCGAGACCACGCAGUUCGGCUGCCUCGGCAUGCUCCUCUCGGGCAGCAAGCUCGCUGCGGGGGACCUCGCGACGUUCAACGACUUCUCGUUCUACCAGUACUUCGGCCUGGACACGCGCGAGGAGCGCGAGGUGGCGCCCGGCAUCAUGGCGUCCGAGCCCGGCCCGCUGGCGCCGCUCGGGCGGGAAGUGGUGCGCGCCAUGCACACCGCCGCCGAGGCGCUGCGGUCGCGCGGCCACGACAGCCUCGGCGAGCUCGUCCUCGCCAUCCUCGACGCCGGCACCCCAACCGCGGGCGCACUCGUUGAAGGGCUGACUCAGGCGCUCCCCGCGUUCGCUGACGCGACGCCCGUCGGCGGCGCGGACGUGCCGCUCUGCAGCAAGGCCCAGCACGUCGCGCUCGACCUGUACCUCAGGUUCCGGGAGGAGGACGAGCGGUUCGACUUCCCGGACGUGAACCAGCUGUCAGGCCCAGUGGGCAAUCUGAUUCCCGCCGUCCUCGCCGCACGUGGGGUGCUGCGGCCGUGCCCGGAGCUGGCCGCGGCGAUCGAGGCGGAGCAGCUCGUGCCGCAGGGCGAGAAGGAGACGGCGUUCCGGGCGGCCGCGGUCGCGGCGCUGCGCGCGGUGAGUGUGCGGACGACGGCGGCGAUCCCGCCGUGGCACGUGGGCCGCUGGCUGUGGAUGCGGUACCGGCGGACGAGGCUCGAGGAGCCGCUGCUGAAGCGGCACCUGUGCCGAGACACGCUCGCGUACUAG